AUGACCCAAGCAAUUUUGCGCACUGAGCGCCUCGAAUUGGUGCCCCUCGGCCCCGAGCAUAGCGAGUUCACCAAGAUGCUGGACAAGGAUCCGCAAGUCAUGAAAUACAUCGGCUUUGGCAAGCCACUUGACGACGAACAAGCGAAAGAAGUACACAAAUGGCUCCUCCACGCAGCAACGCUCGUACCCGGCUUCGGAUGUUGGGUCGGCUUCGCCGGCGGCGAGUUUGUUGGCUGGUGGGUACUGGCUCCUUGCCCAAGCGAAGGCACACCAGCGCAAUUCAGAAGUGACCGAUCAGAGUUUGGGUAUCGUCUUUUACCGAAGUUCUGGCGGCAAGGUUACGCGAAGGAAGGAUCACGCGAGUUGCUGAGGCACGCUUUCCAGGACUUAGGUCUAUCUGAGGUGUUUGGCGAGACUAUGGCUGUGAACGUGGCUUCUCGGGCGGUAAUGGCAGCUUGUGGAUUGAAACAUGCCUACACCUUUCACAACAAGUACGAUACCCCACCUCCUGGCAUCGAGGAAGGCGAGGUGAGGUAUCAGAUUACUAAGGAUGAAUGGGUCUCGUUGGUUCCUGUACAGUAG